GAAAAAGGAAAUUGUCGUCCUCCUGACUGACUGAAGUUUUGUUCAAAUUCUCCGUGCCGUUCUGGCCCCACUUAAACUUAAACUUUCUUUCUUUCCGGACAACAAACGCAGACUUUCUUUCUCCAACAACAACACACACAUUCCCUUUCCCCUUUCUCUCUCUUAGAUGGAACCCUAGCUAAUUGCUAUCAUGGGAAACUGCUGCAGAUCUCCGGCGGCCGUCGCCAGGGAGGACGUCAAACCAUCAAACAACGAUCACAACUACAAGAAGGAUAAGCCUGCCGUCACUGUUCUCAACGAUGUAUCAAAGGAGGAGAAUAUAGAGGAUAAGUAUAUGGUGGACAGGGAGCUAGGGCGAGGCGAGUUCGGAGUUACAUACCUCUGUAUAGAUCGGACCACCAGAGAAUUACUAGCUUGCAAGUCCAUCUCCAAGCGGAAGCUGCGAACAGCUGUGGAUGUGGAGGAUGUGCGCCGAGAAGUGGCCAUCAUGAAGCACUUGCCCCAGAAUUCCAGUAUUGUGACGUUGAGAGAGGCUUGUGAGGAUGAGAAUGCUGUGCAUUUGGUCAUGGAGUUGUGUGAGGGCGGGGAGCUCUUCGAUCGGAUCGUUGCCAGGGGGCAUUAUACCGAGCGUGCUGCUGCUAACGUUGCCAGGACUAUGGUGGAGGUUGUGCAGCUCUGUCAUAAGCAUGGAGUUAUUCAUAGGGAUUUGAAACCUGAAAACUUUCUGUUUGCUAACAAGAAGGAGAAUUCGCCUCUUAAAGCCAUCGAUUUUGGCCUCUCUAUUUUCUUCAAGCCAGGCGAGAAGUUCUCUGAAAUAGUUGGAAGCCCUUAUUACAUGGCCCCAGAGGUGCUUAAGCGUAGUUAUGGGCCAGAGAUUGAUAUAUGGAGUGCAGGAGUAAUUCUUUACAUUUUAUUAUGUGGUGUUCCUCCAUUCUGGGCAGAAUCUGAACAAGGUGUUGCACAGGCUAUUCUUCGUGGGCAAAUAGAUUUCAAACGUGAACCAUGGCCCAGUGUUUCUGAAGGUGCCAAGAGUCUUGUACGCCAGAUGUUAGAGCCAGAUCCAAAGCUUCGACUUACGGCUAAGCAAGUACUUGAACAUCCUUGGCUCCAAAAUGCUAAGAAGGCUCCAAAUGUACCCCUUGGUGAUGUUGUCAAGUCAAGAUUAAAGCAGUUCUCGUUGAUGAAUCGAUUCAAGAGAAAGGCUCUAAGGGUUAUUGCUGAUUUCUUAUCUAAUGAUGAAGUUGAAGACAUCAAGGAAAUGUUCAAAAAGAUUGAUACAGAUGACGAUGGUAUUAUUACUACCGAAGAGCUGAAAAGUGGACUUCAAAAGUUGAAUACAGCACUUGCAGAGUCUGAAUUACAGCUGCUUAUUGAAGCUGUGGAUACUAACGGGAAAGGUAGUCUGGAUUAUGGGGAAUUUGUGGCGGUGUCACUCCACCUUAGAAAGAUGGCAAACGAUGAGCAUUUACACAAGGCUUUCUCAUACUUUGACAAAGACAGUAGUGGCUACAUAGAGCCACACGAGCUUCAGGAUGCAUUAAUGGAAGAUGGAGAUGAAGAUAUUUCUAAUAUUGCAAAUGAUAUCUUCCAAGAAGUCGACACAGAUAAGGAUGGUAAAAUUAGCUAUGAGGAGUUUGCUGCUAUGAUGAAAACAGGAACUGAUUGGAGAAAGGCGUCUAGACAUUAUUCAAGAGGACGAUUCAACAACUUGAGUGUAAAGCUGAUGAAAGAUGGUUCUCUGAAUCUGGGGAAUGAUGAAUGAGUAAUUAUGGCUUGAAUUUCUUUUGUAAUUAUGUUAUAGGUCCUUCCUUCCUUCCUUGUGUUUGGUUUGAUUAGAUUCGGAUGUGAGCCCCAUAUGGUUUGGUGGAUCCGGGGCGUGUUUGGUGGAUCUUCUAAAAUUGUCGGUGAUUGUGAUUCAAUAUAAUUCUUGCCAAACAAGUAGUGUUGCCUUGUAGUGUUAUAAAGUCAGUUACGUUGUUGUGUUGUAUCGUAGUUGUUAAUAUGUUUGUCUAGUCCAUAAAAUUGUAUAUUUUUGA